GCCUUCUCGGGACCAAUAGCGGGCCCGCCGGGUUACGUCCGCCAAUAAUUUCGUCCGUCUGAGAAUUAUUUACGUGGGCGGACGUAUUAUAUGGUCCUCGCGAGUCGGGUCGUGCCAUUUCGUCUCGUGAUGGCAUAUUCAGUACCUACUGGUGAAGCUCCGGCCACCCCGCCCGUGCUGGAUAUCGCCGUCCUUUGUGACGAGCGGGGCCGGCUGCGAUGGGUACCGGAGCUCGUCCUAGGGGUCGACCUGAGGUCCCUGGAGGACCCAGAAUUCCGGGCCAUCUUAGCAAGACGGGUUCGGCGCCUUCAGAUCCAGGUGCACCCCGACCGACACUCCGGCGACGGUACUCUAUCGAGGGUGGUGAACAUCUGCGCUACGGUACUCCGGGACCACGGCCCGGAGUACGUCCGCUGGGUUACGAGGCAGAAUGGGCGGACCGCAAUGGAAGUGGUGCGGGCAGCAUUAUUGCUGCCGCCGCCCUUCCAAGACCUCCCCAGCGAGGACCGAGCGCGGCUGGCCGGAUUGGUCGAGCACCUGGGGGCCCAACUCCGGUCCUCUGAGGCAACCGCCUCGGAGGAGCGGCGACGGGCGAAGAGGGCCGAGGAGCAGGCUGCAGCGGCUCGCCGUGCCGCUGCCGACGCGGAGGCGGCCCGGUGUGCCCAGGAGUCCCGGGCUCGGGCCGAGACCGAGCGGCUCCUGGAGCGCAUCGCCUCACUAGAGGCCCGAGUCGAUAGCCAAGAAGCGGCGCUAUGUCGCCAGAUCACGAGUGCGGAGGCUGCUAUUAGUUCGGCCGAGACCCAGGCCGAGGAAGCUCGGGCCCAGAUUCUGGGCUUCGAGGCCCAGAUCGCCCGGUUGACGGCCGAGGUGGCGGCGCGUCCGACACCCCAGCCGCUACUACUCCGCCGGUGUCUGGAGGUGGCGGCCGGCGUGCGCUCAGUAAACCACGACGUGCGUCGCACUGCGCGGAAAUUGUUGAAUAAAUUAUCACUCUAGACGAUUCCUUG